AUGCAGCACUAUGCUCAGCUGUCUUGCAGCAUGCUAGAUCCUGAGGGCAGUGUGGAGCACAGGGCUUCCUCCUCCUCCUCCAGAGUUUUUCUCAUUCCUCUAGCCAUGCUCCUUGCUGUAGCAGCGCUGCUUUUCUUAGCGUUCGCCGCCUCGCAGCAGAAGGAGAACGAUUUUUAUACGUUUAAAGUGGUAAACAUCAGGGGCAAGCUAGUCUCUCUGGAGAAAUACAGAGGCUCGGUAUCUCUUGUCGUCAAUGUUGCAAGUGAGUGCGGAUUUACAGAUAGCCACUACAAAGCGCUACAACAGUUACAGAGAGACCUUGGCUCACAUCAUUUUAAUGUGCUGGCAUUCCCAUGUAAUCAAUUUGGGCAGCAAGAGCCAGACAGUAACAAAGAAAUUGAGAGCUUUGCCCGAAAGACUUACGGUGCCUCCUUUCCUAUGUUCAGCAAAAUUGCAGUCACAGGUGCCGGUGCUAAUGCUGCCUUCAAAUAUUUAAUUGAAUCCACAGGAGAAGAACCAACCUGGAACUUUUGGAAGUACCUGGUAGCCCCUAAUGGGAAAGUAGUAAAGGCUUGGGACUCAACUGUCACUAUUGAAGAAAUAAAACCUUACAUCACUGAACUUUUGAGGAAAAUCAUCCUGAAACAGAAAGAUGAACUGUGACUUUCAAAAUUCCCAUCAUGUCUAUUAUACCUUGAUUGAUAAUUAG